GCUGGGUUAUCAUAGAGCAAAGAGCAUGGACUCAGUAGUUGGUCGCUGAAUGAUUCUGGGAGACCACAUCGGCGAUGUAUCUGUUGACGUCAAUCCUUUGUGUAGCCACGUGUCUGACGUAUAUUCAUGCUGUGACCUUUGACCCAAAACUGCGUGUCAUCAGCUGUACGCGGAGUAAUCUCGUAGUCAAGGUGACUGGGGCGGUGGAUGACGGACUUGUUUUUAUAAAAGGUCAAGGUGAAGACUGUAAACAGGCGACAUCUAGUACGGAAGAAUUUUACGAAUUCGAUUUUGUUUCCUGUAAUAUUAAAUGGGAAAUGACAUUCCGUAUAAUCAUCCAAAAGUUGCGAGCGUUCCAGACCGGAGCGGACAAGCAGAUUCCGGUCAUGUGCAUAGCAAACACGGAUGAAAUUGUUGUCAGUAACUUCCUUGGCGCAGCGGACAAAGCAGAUGAUACCGGGCUCAACAGGACCACCAAACCAAGGGCCUACUUAUCCUUCUACAAAGUGAUCACAGGGGAAGAGGUCAUAGGGUCAGAGGUCAAACUGACUGAUCGCCUGAUCAUGACGCUUCAGAUGGAUCAGGAGUUUACCAAUGACUUGGAUAUAAAAGCAAGAUUUUGCCAGGCGUCUGAUAUAGUUAUCAUUGAAGAUUUCUGCGCAGUAGAGCCAGAACUAUUUGGAAACUUCUGGAAAAUUAAGCAGGGGACACUUAUAAGCGAGUUUGGUGCCUUCCGAACGACUGAUUUUGACGGAGGAUCAGUGAUGAUGAACUUCACCUGUAUCCUUCAACUCUGUCAAGGACCAUGCGUUCCGGAAAAGUGUGACGAAAGUUACACAGGCUGGGGGCGUAAGCGACGUGAUGCGGAACAACAAGUGAACGGAAAUGGACGGAUUCGACGACAGACCGGAAAUGAUGAAACAAUUGAUGUCGGCGGAUCUGUGAAUGUGGUAGAAAAAUACUCAAAUAUAAGAAUUUUGACGAAUGAAGAUUUCUGCUGGGACAAAUUGGCACUUAGCCUGCUGGUUACAGUCUUAUGUUCCUGUAUCAUAGCGCCAUCUGGUGGAUGUUUCAUACUGUACCGGAAGCUGGUCCGUUGUCGAAAAAUGCUCCAGGACGUCACCAAAUUCAGCAAGCCGACGUCACAGAAGAUGUCGGCCGCAGCUAUUCUCCAUUAAAAUGAUGCACAAUCGCUGAUAAGUGAAAGGCUGUUUCUGUUUGUUUUAUAUACAGGCAUCUUUUACAUUGUACAGAUGUUAUAUGACCACAACAAAACGUGUUUGAUUGGCCAGUUUAUUAUCACGUGACAUAGAGGUACACUAGAGCCAAUCGGAUGUGACCACGAAAUCCCCCAAACACGUGAUAGGCAGUGUCUUUGGCUACGUAAAGGAUAUCAGCCAGAAAUCGUCUACACGCCUCGGACAACGCAUCCCUCUUUUUGUUAAUAUUAGACAUAUAACUCUUCUGAUGAAAUGUCAAAAUAAUGUAAUUAUAAAGCGUCGAGCAUAGUCAUUUUGUGGAAAUGAGUAUUUUCUCAGGGAAGUUAUAAUCCCUAAAAGAUAACCCAUUCUAAUAUAAGCACGGUACGAACAUUUCACCCAUUUAGAUUUUGAAAAGUGGUCAUGAAUAACCGUUGGGCAUUGUUAUUACAAUAAAUGAUGUGACUUACAUCUAA